AGGAAAAGCAAUCCCCCAACAUACCAUUCUUUAAUUAGAACAUAGUAACAUAGUAUUUCUCUAAUUAAUUAAUUAAUUGAUAAAGAAAGAAAGAAUUAAGGAGGAGGAGGAGGAGGAGAUGGGCAGUAGUACUACUAAGAAGGAGAUGGAAGUGGUGAAAGGGGUGGAUCUAGAGCGAUACAUGGGAAGGUGGUAUGAAAUAGCAUCUUUUCCGUCAAGGUUUCAGCCUAAAGACGGCGUCAACACCAGAGCCACUUACAAGCUCAACCCUGACGGAGCCACCGUCCAUGUUCUCAACGAAACCUGGAGUGCCGGAAAAAGGAGUUCUAUCGAGGGUUCCGCCUACAAAGCCGACCCCAAUUCCGAUGAGGCUAAGCUCAAGGUUAAAUUCUAUGUCCCUCCUUUCCUUCCCAUCAUCCCUGUUGUUGGCGACUAUUGGAUUCUCUUCCUCGACGACGAUUAUCAGUAUGCCUUGAUUGGCCAGCCUUCUCGCCGAUAUCUCUGGAUUCUUUGCCGGACACCUCAUAUGGAUGAGGAGAUAUACAACCAGCUGGUGCAGAAGGCCACUGACGAGGGUUAUGAUGUCAGCAAACUUCACAAGACUCCUCAAGCUGACCCUCCACCGGAAGCUGAUGAUGCUCCCGAGGACACCAAAGGCGUCUGGUGGUUUAAAUCCAUCUUCGGCAAAUAAAUACAAUGGAUUUCCUACAACUGCAGUCCUGCAUCUGUUUUCCCUUACUGCUCUAGUUUUGUCUGUCUCCAGUCUUGCAUCUACAACUACUGGAUUGAUUUCUCUUUGCUUUGUGUCCUAUAGUGCUGCUUGUAAAUGGAAUGCUCUAUUUGUACUAUUUAUAUCCUACUUUUCAUUUACCUUCUCAUGUCUAGGUGAAUGUUAGAGUGUAGUGUUGUUGGAAUGUCUGAUGAUCCUCUUGUUCUUAGCUUAGUUACAGUAGACAUUCAGACUAAAGUUCCAAUGUCUCCUAGAGUGAGAGAAGUUAAGAUAUUGGACCUGAUGAUGCAUAAGCAUAACCUCCCCUAGAGGCUAGAGCUUUGAUAAAGUUUCCAAUAUAAUCAAUCGUGUAUAUUCCAACA